AUGGCACCCGGCGCCCUCCUUCCAGAAGACGCACAGCGCGAUGCGGAAUUCCAGAAGGCAAUGCACGGAAAGUCGGCUGAGGCUCGCCAUGCCUUCUUGUCGAUGUUGAAGAAGGACAAUGACGCGCAUCGCAUCAUCACUGAUGAGUACGUGCAGCGCUGGGCCAACGACGAAAAGUACAAGACGGUCGAGGAGGCGCGUGAAGCUCGCAAGGCCGAAUACAUGGGCCUGGUCAAUAACUACUACGACCUGGUCACGGAUCUUUACGAGGAAGGCUGGUCCCAAUCGUUCCACUUCUGCCGCUUCGGCGUCAAUGAGGGAUUCUUGCAGGCACUUGCUCGCCAUGAGCACUACAUGGCGCACCGUCUCGACCUGCAGCAGGGCAUGAAGGUUCUUGAUGUCGGCUGCGGCGUCGGCGGUCCCGCUCGCGAGAUUGCCCUCUUCGCCGGCUGCGAAGUCACCGGCUUGAACAACAACGGGUACCAGAUCGAGCGCGCCACGGCCUACGCAAAAAAGGCGGACCUCGCCAACCUGGUGUCCUUCGUCAAGGGCGACUUCAUGCACAUGGACUUCCCCGAUAACUCCUUCGACGCCGUCUACGCCAUGGAAGCCACCGUCCACGCGCCGACGCUGCAGGGCGUCUACGAGCAGAUCUUCCGCGUGCUCAAGCCGGGCGGCAAGUUCGGCGUCUACGAGUGGGUCAUGACGGGCCGCUUCGACGAGGCCAACGCCGAGCACCGCGCGGUGCGCCUGGGCAUCGAGCGCGGCAACGGCAUCGCGCACAUGCGCCCGCGCGCCGACGCCGUCGCCGCCAUGCGCGCCGCCGGCUUCGUGCUCGAGCUCGAGGAGGACCUCGCCGAGCGCCCGGAUCAGGUGCCGUGGUACUACCCGCUGUCGGGCGAGUGGCGGUACACGCGCACGCUGUGGGAUUUCCUGAGUGUGGUGAGAAUGUCGUGGCUCGGACGCACGGCGAUGGGCGGGUUGUUGCGCACGCUGGAGGCGGUGCGCGUCGCGCCGCGUGGCACGGCGCAGACGGCGGACGAGUUGGCGGCGGGUGCGGAGAGCUUGGUUAAGGGUGGGAAGAUGGGGUUGUUUACGCCCAUGUACUUUAUGAUUGGGAAGAAGCCCGUGGCAUCAGAGAUUGGUGAUCACAAGAAUCCGAUGGAACUCGUCCACGUCGUCGUCACCGUUGCCGCAUUGCUAUCGCGCCGCCAGCCUGCGAGCAUCGUCAGCUGGGCGACCAUCAGCCGGCCCAUUUUGUGA